UACUACCCAUAUUUCCACCAACAAAAAACGGCCUCGGUUUAGGAAAUAAAUUUCUAGAAUCGAUUUGGGCUUUAUGUAUUCCAUCAUAUUUACAAGAGGGAAGCUGAGGAAGAAGAAGAAGAAGAAGAACAGAGGUGGGAAGAAGCUUUAGCGACUUAUACAGAGGAAGGAUGAAAUUGAAGUGCGGCAGGUGUGAUAGGGAGGAGGCCCGGCUGUUCUGCUGCGCCGACGAGGCCGCCUUUUGUUUUGAAUGUGACCAGAAAAUUCACUCCGUCGACCAGCCGGUGAGUAAGCACCAGCGAGUUUCACUCUCUUCCUCCUCUGCUUCUUCUCCUCGACCCAAAUGUGAUAUUUGCCAGGAAACAGUUGGGUACUUCCUUUGUCUGGAGGAUCGAGCAUUGCUGUGUAGGAAGUGCGAUGUUUCUAUACACACUCUGAAUCCUUUUGUGUCCAGCCACCAAAGGUUUCUGCUUGUUGGUCCGAAAGUUGGGUUGGAAUCUACAUAUGAGAUGGCCAAGUCCACUCCUAAUAAGAUUUCUAGUAAAUCUGCAGUCCUACCUCAGAAGUCAGUUACAACAAGUGGCCAAGAUGGUAACUCGGUGUCCGCUGAUGGAGGUAAUAAGGUUGUCGGACUUACCACGGCCAAUUCUGCAAUCAGUACAGACACACCGGGUAAAGAGAUUGUAGAUUUAUUUUGUACUUCCAGUGAUAACUGUCCAUCAAGUCAAGAUGAAACAUCCAAGGCUGAGGGUAAGGUGCACGGCAAUUCUGAAUGGUGGAAAAUUCUUCAUUCAACUGAGGAGGAGUUGCUGAAUGGUGAGUGGACUAUUCGAAAUGAUGGUGCACCUUCUAGGGAGCCUCAGCUAUUAGGCCAACAUUCUCCUCAACGAGACUUGGUGUCAUCAAAAAAUAUUGGUGGAUCUUCAUCACACAACACUAGGACCAUCUCAAAUUCAGGAGGAUCUCCUCUCGGUGCUGACUCCCAAAAUCAUUUUGAUUCUGCCUUUUCAAAGCGCAAAAAAAGCUCUCAUUUUUAAGACACACAUGUUCUAUUCGACGAAACCACCCAGACAUCCUAUAUAUGUUUGAUUUGUUGUUCAAUCCCCCCUUAGAGCCAUCAAGGUCUCCAAGGAUGGAUUUCUUCUUGUACAACCAUUGAGAUGGCCAAGUGGAACUCUUAUUGGUGCAUUCAAUGUGUUGAGUUUCAAUGUUUUGGUUGUGGUACUAGUUUUUUAUCAGUAAACUUCGUUUAAGAUUUACUUGCAUUUUGUAUUAAGAAAUUAGGACAACUAGUCGGUCAAAUCAUGUUUUUUUU